AGAGAGCGAGUCACUUUACGUUUACGCGCGCAACGUGCGUAGGUGCCUCCGUGUGGGUGAGUGCCCAAAGGCCCGUGCGUGUGAAUGAAGGCGCCACAACCAAAUAGUGCAACAUAUCAGGAUCAGGAUAACUAUGCUCCUGCGGCCAUGACAGCCAGGACACGGCCGAACAUGGACAGGGAUCAGCAGCGAACUCGAAGUCCGGCUGAGCUGAGGCUCCUGCCCUCCUCCUCCGCCUCCGCCUCCACCUCCGCCACCGCCUUCGAAUCCCCGGACUUGCGGUUCAACAAGGCUCGCCGCCGGCGGAGAGGCGACCUGGGGUCAGUGCCUCCCGUGAUCGUGGAAUACCGCCGCUCCUACCGCGUGCUCAUCGUCAGCGCCCUGCUGGUCAGCCUGGCGGCCAGUUUCGUGACCCUCAGCGCCGGUUUCCAGCUGGACGGCUCCCAGAACUCCUUCUACACCUUCCGCAAGUGGUACACCGGCCUGAAUGGCACCCUGGAGCUGGAGUUCAAGACGGAACAGCCCAACGGACUGGUUCUCUACACCGACGACGGCGGCACCUACGACUUCUUCGAACUCAAGCUGGUGGAGGGAGCCCUGCGGCUGAGAUACAACCUGGGCGGCGGGGCCCAGAUCAUCACCGUGGGCCGGGAGCUGCACGAUGGCCACUGGCACAAGGUGCAGGUCCUGCGGAACGACGAGCAGACCUCGCUCAUCGUCGACGGCGUCUCGCAGCAGCGGUCGACCAAGGGCAAGGAGUUCCAGUUCGGCAAGUUCGCCAGCAACUCGGACGUCUAUGUGGGCGGGAUGCCCAACUGGUAUAGCACUAAGUUGGCGCUUCUUGCCCUGCCCAGCGUGAUCUUUGAGCCGCGCUUCCGGGGCGCCAUCCGCAACCUGGUCUACGCGGACCAACCUGGUGGCUCCACCAGGCGGCAGGAGAUCAAGCAGCAGCGCGACAUCAAGUGCGGCGAUGUGCCCUGCGAUCACGGCGAACUGCCCGCCCGCGAAAGGCCCCUCAGGGGCGUUCGUGGGGGCAACACAACCGAUGCCUGCGAGCGAAACGAUCCGUGCCAGCACGGCGGCAUCUGUAUAUCCACUGAUUCCGGUCCAAUUUGCGAGUGUCGAAACCUCGAGUACGAUGGCCAGUAUUGUGAGAAGGAGAAGGCGCCAUCGGAAGCCACGUUCCGCGGUACACAGUUCCUCUCGUACGACUUGGGCCAGACGGGCGCCGAGCCGAUAGUGAGUGCCCAGGAUGCCAUAUCCUUCUACUUCCGCACUCGCCAGCCGAACGGCCUGCUCUUCUACACGGGCCACGGCACGGACUAUCUGAACCUGGCCCUGCGCGAUGGCGGGGUCUCGUUGACCAUGGGACUGGCCAACGGGAAGCAGGAGAUGCACAUCAAGCCAUCGAAGGUGCGCUUCGACGACCACCAGUGGCACAAGGUCACCGUGCACCGUCGCAUCCAGGAGAUCUCCUCCAUCACCAGCUUCUGUCGGCUGGUCACUGUGGUGGACGACGUGUACACGGAUCACUCCCACAUUGCCGGCAAGUUCACCAUGCUCUCAUCCUCGCGUGUUUACGUGGGUGGUGCCGUCAAUCCGAGGGCUCUCUUGGGAGCCCGUGUCCACACCAAUUUCGUGGGCUGCCUGCGGAAAGUGGAGUUCUCGGCGGAUACGCUAAAUCUGAACCUCAUCGAUCUGGCCAAGAGCGGCUCCAAGCUGAUCCAGGUGGCCGGCAACCUGGAGUACCAGUGCCCCAGUGGAGAUCCACAGGAUCCGGUGACUUUCACCACCCGGGAAUCGCAUUUGGUUCUGCCUCCUUGGGAGACUGGCAAGCAGAGUUCGAUUAGCUUCAAGUUUCGCACCAAGGAGCCCAAUGGCAUCAUUGUCCUGGCCACAGGAUCCAAGCAACCCAGGGCCAAAAAUCCCGUCUUGAUUGCCAUCGAGCUGCUGAACGGACACAUCUACAUCCACUUGGACCUGGGAUCCGGAGCCUCCAAGGUGCGAGCCUCGCGACGUCGCGUGGACGACGGCGACUGGCAUGACCUGAUUCUCCGGCGGAAUGGACGCGACGCCAAGGUGAGCGUGGACGGGGUGUGGAACGACUUCCGGACGCCCGGCGAUGGCACCAUCCUCGAGCUGGACGGGCACAUGUAUCUGGGCGGAGUGGGGCCCGCCUACAAUAGCGUCGCCUGGCCGGCGGCCAUUUGGACGGCCACUUUGCGCCAGGGAUUCGUGGGCUGUUUGCGUGACCUGGUGCUGAGUGGCAAGGCGAUCGAUAUAGCGGCCUUUGCACGCGUCCAGGAUUCGGCCUCCGUGAAGCCUUCGUGCCAUGUGCAGGCCAACGUGUGCAACGGCAAUCCCUGCCUGAACGGAGGCACCUGCCUGGAGGGCUGGAACCGGCCCAUCUGCGACUGCUCGGCCACUUUGUACGGUGGACCCACCUGCGGCCGGGAACUGGCCACGCUGGCCUUCAACGGCAGCCAGCACAUGACCAUCUGGCUGGGCAACGGACAGGGAACCAAGACGCAGACCGAGGAGCUGGUCAUCCGCUUCAAGACCUCGCGACCGGCGGGCCUCCUGCUGCUGACCAGCGCCGAGUCCAACUCCCCGGAUCGGCUGGAGAUCGCUCUCGUGGCGGGAAGGGUGCGGGCCAGUGUGCGGCUGAGCGACCGCGAGAAGAACCUGCUGGCCGGCCAGUCGGUGCUCAACGACAACAACUGGCACACGAUCCGCUUCUCGCGCAGAGCCUCCAAUCUGCGGCUUCAAGUCGACGGGGCUCCCCCCGUCAGGGGUAUGUUAUCCGAAACGAUCCUGGGUCGCCACAGCACCAUGGAGAUCCGCUCGAUCCACCUGGGCGGUCUCUUCCAUGCCGAGGAGGAGAUCCAGAUGACCUCCACCAUGCCGAACUUUGUGGGCCAGAUGCAGGGCCUGGUGUUCAAUGGCCAGCGCUACUUGGACAUAGUCAAGAGCCUGGGACCGGAGCUCUCGGCUCUGCCCAGUGCCACCUUCAAGCUGACGGCCCGCUUUGUGAACUCCCCGGCGGGACAGCCCUACCAUGCGGCCACCUUCCGCUCCAAGCACUCCUACGUGGGACUGGCCAUGCUGAAGGCCUACAACAGCAUCUCCAUUGACUUCCGCUUCAAGACCGUGGAGCCCAAUGGUCUGCUGGUCUUCAAUGGCGGGCGACGCAACGAUUUCGUGGCCGUGGAACUAGUCAAUGGCCACAUCCACUACACCUUCGACUUGGGCGACGGACCGGUGACCAUGAGGGACAAGUCGCGCAUCCACAUGAACGACAACCGCUGGCAUCAGGUCAGCAUUAGGCGGCCGGGACCCAAGACGCACACGCUCACCGUGGACGACUCCUUCGAGAUUAUAAGCUUAACGGGGAACAACAUGCACCUGGAGCUGGCGGGCAUCCUGUACAUUGGCGGCGUCUUCAAGGACAUGUACUCCAAGCUGCCGGCCUCGAUCUCCUCGCGUUCCGGUUUCGAGGGCUGUCUGGCCUCCCUGGAUCUGGGCGACGCCUCUCCCUCGCUGACCAGCGAUGCCGUGGUGCCCAGUUCCCUGGUGGUCAGCGGCUGCGAGGGACCCACCAAGUGCAGCCAGAAUGCCUGUGCCAAUAGGGGCAACUGUGUGCAGCAGUGGAAUGCCUAUGCCUGUGAAUGUGACAUGACCUCUUAUACAGGACCGACCUGUUAUGAUGAAUCCAUCGCCUAUGAGUUUGGCAACAACAAGGGCAUGCUGCUGUACACGUUUCCGGAAAACGCCCAGGCCGACACCGAGGAGGAUAACAUAGCCCUGGGCUUCAUAACCACCCGGCCGGACGCAGUGCUUCUGCGGGUGGAGAGCGCCACCACGCAGGACUACAUGGAGCUGGAGAUAGUCGAGGGCAACAUCUUCAUGGUGUACAACAUCGGCAGCGUGGACCUGCCGCUGGGCGAGAUCGGGACGAAGGUGAACGACAACGCCUACCAUGUGGUGAGGUUCCAGCGGAAGGGAGGCAACGCGACGCUCCAGCUGGACGACUACAAUGUGCAGGCACUCACGCCGCAGAGCCACCACUCGACCGUGUUCAAUACCAUGUCCAACGUUCAGGUCGGCGGCAAGUCUAGUCGGAACGGUCGCAAUCGCAUCGAGCGGCCGUUCGCCGGCGUGAUUGCCGGACUGUCGGUGAACAAGUUGCGCAUUUUGGACUUGGCCGUCGAGCGCGACCCCCAAAUCGUGAUCCGCGGAGAUGUUCAAUUGGUAACUGGAGUAUUAGAUAGAAAUGAUCUGCAGAGAAUGCAGCAGACUUUGAACUCUACUCGACAGACGCCGGCGAGUGGUUAUCCGGGUGCGCUGGACGAUCUGAUCUUCUCGGGAGCCGGAUCCGGAUGUCGCGGCGACGACGAGGACGAGUGCACGCCGCCAUUCGAAUCGGGAAGCGGGGACGAUCUGAUCACGCCGGUUUAUGUGCCGCCCACCAAGCAGACAACCACCUCCCAGCAGGGGAACAACCUGAGUACCGGCGGGAUCAACAGUGGCGGUGUCAUCACGAAUGGCACGGAGAGGGCCUGCGACGAUGAGGACUGCGUCCAUGGAUCCGGGGACUACGGAGAGACCACGGAGCAGUUCACCUCGACCAGCACCGCCAGGGGAUCAGAGACCAACAAUGAGGUGGUCACGAUCACCACCACGGGCCGCAGUGAUGUGACCACGGAGCAGCAGCAGCACGGCAGCAGCAGCAGCAGCAGCAGCGGCAGCACUCCCUCCUACGCCACCACCCAGUCGAGCAGCAGCAGCAGCGGAUCGGGAGCCAGCACGCCGGGACAGGCGAGCAGCACCACCAGCAGCGUGGCCACCACAUCCACGCAACGCGCCACCAGCAGCAGCACCAGCACGAGCACCACUUCCACAUCGACGACCACGACCACCACCACCACGCAGGCCACUCCGCCACCGGAGAUCCGGAGCACGGUAACCGAGAGGGACACCACGCCGUAUGACGUGUAUGUUGCAGGUGGCGGUCUUGGAGGUUCCGGGCGGAACGAUCACGAUCGCAUGCAGCUGCCCGACGAGCACCACCCACUGCCGCCGCUUCCGCCGCCCAUUCCGCCGCAGGAUCCACCACCCUACGGACCCUACGGCGGCAACACCUACAACACCAACAUGAACAACUAUCGGCCGAAGGGCAAGGGCGGCAGGAUCAACUCGAUCGAGGAGGAACGCACUGCCAUGAUAAUCGGCAUUGUGGCGGGCAUCCUCAUCGCCGUGGUGCUGGUCAUCCUGCUGGUCCUGUGGCUCAAGUCGAACGGGGAUCGUGGCUACAAGACGGAGAGCGAGAAGGCGGCCGCCUACGGAUCGCACAAUCCCAAUGCCGCUCUGCUGGGCAACACCAGCACCAAUGGAUCGUACCACCAGCAGCGGCAGCACCACAUGCAGGGCGGAGGAGGAGGAGGCGGCGGCGGUGGAGGAGCUGGACAGCAGCACCAUGGCCAACAGCAGAUGCACAACGGGCACAACGGAAACGGAAAUGGAGGCGGCGGCGGCGGCAUGAUGUCCAGCGGAAGCGGGUCACUGGGCUACGGCAGCGAUGGGCGACCCCAGAUGGCGGGCCUGGUGCAGCCGAAGGCCAAGAAGCGCGACUCCAAGGACGUCAAGGAGUGGUAUGUGUAAGGCGGCCGCAAGGUCCAGGGAAUUAUCGUCAAAUUAGCAAUAAAUGCAAAUAGUGCAAAGCGAGCCGAAAGUGAAAGUCCCCCCUAAGAUACACAAACACACAUAAGCGUAUAUAAAUAUAUUUAUUUAGCAGCCUCAUAAAGUUAAUUAAAAAAUUAGAAGCGGACACAGUCGGACACUGUACAAACGGAAACGGAAAUGAAAGCGGAUGAAAGGAUAAUAAAAGAAGAAGAGCUGAUUACGUUAGCAGCAUGCAGAUAGACACGCAAAUACUUUAGACAAGUGCAUCUGGCCAGGAGCAUUGGUUCACCCUAAAAGUAACGUUUAGAUUACGCCUAAGAAAUUAUAGCUUCAACUCAAGACUUGCUAAUAGAUCUACCAAUGGAGAGCAGCCACAGCCGUCAGCGAAUAAGCAUAUGAAUUACACUAAACGAAUACAACUAUAUAUAUAUUAUAUAUAUCACAGCGUUACGAUAAAUUAUAUAUGCCCACUAGCCAAUCAAGUAAUUGUGUAAAAUAUUUCGCCACAAAGUACGCUAUGAACAGUUCGAAGGAAGAAAGGCCCCAGGAAAAACAAGAAACAAUUAAACUGCAAAUCUUCUAGCAAAACCACUAAACCAUUUAGCAGAAAUUCAAUAUAAACGUACUUAAUUAUAUAUAUUUAUAUGUAAACGUAACGUAAUGAGGUUCUGAAUGGGUUUUUUUCUUCGCGUGUAAAGUUACAAAAUGUGGUGCUGUAAACGUAGGAGACAAACAUUGGUUGACUACAAUAAUAGUAAUAAUAAUAAUAAUACGGACGACGGGGAAUGCAAGAAUUUAUGCUACAGAUUGUUUGUUGAAUUGAAACCGGCUUUAAUUAGUUAAAAUGUAAAUGAGAUAAUGGUAGACGAAAAACCUAAAGGAUAACUAAAUGAAAUCAAACAACAUAAUACGGAGGACACAGUAGAUACCCACGAUUUGGUUGACGUAUACGUGAUGCGACUUUUUCGUUUGCGUGCAGCAACUCGAUGCGAUUUUGUGUUAGUCCCUUCCACUCCCGAGCCCAACACAUAUACUUUUUAUAUGUAUUUGAGACUAAAUAUUGUCACCGACCUGCGUGCAAUAUGAACUCAGACAUAUCAAGGAAAAGACAAGACACUAGACACAAUCACACGCCAAAAACACACACGCUAAACGCUACACUCUA